GCGAUUUGUUUGUUGACAUGACUUGAAGUGUGAAAUGAAAGUGAUUUUCAUUAAUCAAAAUAAACCAUUAAUUAUCUGCUCUUGAGUUGGAUCUGUUGUUACGGCACACGUCUUGAGGUGUGUGUAGACAAUGACAGACAACGUGUCGACAGAGACGGUGAAGGAGGCGGUGGAGAAGGAGUGGGAGAGUGUGGCCGUAGCCGAGAGACUCACCGCACAGAGGGAUCAGCUCCUUCUUCAGGAGCGAGAGAUCGACGCCUUAAGACAGGAACUGCUGAGCGCCAGACAAUCGAUGCACUCGUUUGAGACGGAAAGCGCUCUCGAGAGGAAGCGAUUGCGCGAAGAGUUGGUGACUCACGCGGACAGAUGUCGACAACUCGAGGACAAUAAGCGAGAGCUCGAAGAGAACAUCGGUUUAUAUAAAGAGCAGAACCGAGUCCUUCAUCUCAAUUACCAGGAAUUGGAGGCCAAGUGUCUGGAACUGGAGGAAGACCUGAAACGAGCGGACAAACAGAACGAUAGCAUCGAUUUGAUCCGCAAAGACAACGCCAAUCUGAAGACACAAGUGUUGAUGCUUUCAGAGCUCUACCAGGGAUUGAAAGACAGGUUCGCUGUUAUCAACAAAACGGCAACUUUUGAUGACUUGACGGCCAUUGAGUACGAAGUGAGGACUAAGGAAAUCAAUGAUUUGCGCUCAAAAUUGGAGACAACUGUCCAUCAGAUGGAAGUCUAUAAACUGAAGAGCAAUGAAAUAGAUUUACAAAUCGCUAAAAGGGAUCACAUAAUCGCCGAUCAAAAGCAGAUCAUCGAAAGCACCAAAAUUAGGCACAAAAAGCAAUCAGAGAUUGAACAGCAAAGGAUUGAUGGACUUAAGAAAGUGAUCCAACAGUUAGAACAACAUAUUCUUAGCCUUUAUGGACAGUUAGGUCUCAAAGAACACGAACAGAGACUCAGAGAAAAACUGGCCGUUCCUGAAGAACAGGUUCCGAUGCAAGCAUCUGAUCCCAUGGUUGACACGGAUUCCAACCAUAACUCUAACCUAAAUAAUAACAUUGUUGUCAUAUUAUACGAGACCAGUGUUAACACCGACUUUACUAAUCUUAUUAUUAUUGUCUCAUAUCGUGUCCAACCUAUCGAUGAGUAUAUGUUUCACAGAUUUUGGCCACAAAUCAGCCGCAUAUCCAAGCAUUUGUUGAGAGAAAAUCCGCGAAACAAAGCGUUUGUGAGGAAAAUGAGUGAAAUAUCUGAACCAAAGGUCAGUAAAAAUGAGUUAAAACGGAGACUCAAAGAGCAGAAGAAGGAGUUAGAGAAACAAGAAAAAGAGGCUCAAAGACAACAGACGGCCACCGCUUCCGCUGGCGGUGAGGUCUCAGUCAAAGACAAGAAGCCGGCGACCAAUGAGGAGGAAUUGGAUGAAAAUGAAUACUUUGUGAUCCGAUCCAAAGCCAUCAACGAGUUGAGGACAGCGGGAGAGCAGCCGUACCCACACAAGUUCAAUGUGACCAUAAGUUUAACGCAUUUCAUUCAACGGUACGACCACUUGAAGCCCGAAGACAUCAUCAAAACGGAUGAGCUGUCGGUCGCGGGUCGGGUCCACGCGAAACGAGAAGCCGGACAGAAGUUGAUAUUUUACGACUUGAGAGCGGAGGGCGUGAAGAUUCAGGUGAUGGCAAACGCCAAACUCUACGAGAGUGAGGAACUGUUUGCCAAAGACAACGAUAAGAUCAGAAGGGGUGACAUAAUCGGGUGCAUCGGUUGGCCGGGAAAGACCAAGAAAGGAGAGUUGAGUAUUGUCCCCAAGAAGAUAGAGCUGUUGACGCCAUGUCUACAUCAGGUCCCACACCUCCACUUCGGUCUCAAAGACAAAGAGAAACGCUUCCGUCAGCGGUAUUUGGAUCUUAUACUCAACGAAACGGUUCGCCAGAAGUUCAUGACCAGAGCCAAGAUUAUCAAAUACUUGCGCGACUUCUUCGACGGCUUGGGUUUCCUGGAAGUGGAGACACCGAUGAUGAAUAUGAUCGCCGGCGGCGCCACCGCUAAGCCCUUUGUCACGCAUCACAACGACUUAAAUAUGAACCUAUUUAUGCGAAUCGCACCCGAAUUGUAUCUAAAGAUGUUAGUCGUCGGUGGCAUCGAUCGGGUCUAUGAAAUCGGCCGACAGUUCCGUAACGAAGGCAUCGAUUUGACACACAAUCCAGAGUUCACGACCUGUGAGUUCUAUAUGGCUUACGCCGACUACAACGACCUGAUGGUCAUUAUGGAGACAAUGCUUUCGGGACUCGUGCGGCACAUAUUCGGCAAAUACGAGGUGACAUACCAUCCCGACGGACCCGAUGGAGAGCCUGUGGUCAUCAAUUUCAUGCCUCCAUUCAAACGGGUUUCGAUGAUUUCGGAGUUGGAGAGCAAACUGGGCGUCAAGUUUCCCGAAGCGACAGAACUGGACACCGAAAGCGGCAAUAAGUUCCUCUCAGAUCUCUGUGCGAAACACGAGGUCGAGUGUCCGGCGCCGCGAACCAGCGCUCGGCUAUUGGACAAACUGGUCGGCGACUUCAUUGAAGUGCACUGUUUGGACCCCACGUUCAUCACAGAGCACCCCAUUAUGAUGAGCCCACUGUCCAAAUGGCAUCGUUCAAAACAGGGACUCACAGAACGCUUCGAACUCUUCAUCUCCAAGAAGGAAGUGAUCAAUGGAUACACGGAAUUGAACGACCCGUUCGUCCAAAGGCAGCGCUUUGAACAGCAGGCGGCGGCCAAAGCGGCCGGCGAUGACGAGGCCCAAGGCAUCGACGAGACCUUCUGCAACGCUCUCGAGUACGGACUGCCGCCGACGGGUGGCGUCGGCAUUGGUAUCGAUCGGUUGGCCAUGUUUUUGACGGAUUCCAAUAAUAUCAAAGAAGUACUGUUUUUCCCGGCCAUGAAACCCGACGACAAUAAGAGGUCUGACGGCACGGAUGGCGACCAACCCGUGGCCAACGGUUCCAACUAA